UCAAAAUUUCCGCGCUUCAACAUUCAGUUAUCAGAUUCCGAGUUUCUCACACAAUCUCAAUGGCCACCAUGCUCAGCUACUCACCCCCGCGUUUCAAAAUCGCCGUCGACGCUCACCACGAUCCUCUCUUACCCUUUCUCCGGUCUAUCAAGAAAGCCCUAGAAGCUUCCGACGACUCCGCUUCGAAUCUCAGUAACUUACUCAAAGAUUGCAUCAGAAACUUCAAGAACAAUGACCGCUACCGAAACGACGUCAGAUUCCUCAAGAUCUGGCUCCUAUAUAUGGGAGUUAGUGAUGAUUUUGAAAGUGUUUUCAAGGAAAUGCUGGACAGUAAUGUAUGUACCAAUAGUUCUUCACUUUAUGUGUGGUCUGCAAGUUUUUUUGAGUUGAAGGGAAGAUUGCAUGAUGCUCUCACCAUCUAUCAGCUUGGCAUUUGCAGGAAUGCAGAGCCAAUUGAGUGGUUGAAGAAGGCACAGGCCUUAUUUCUCAAUAGAAUUUCUGAAAUACAGAAUGCUGCUUCAACUCAGAAGGUUGAUGAUAAAGAAUCCAAGAAAUUUGAAGAUAAUGGCAUUAAUCCUUGGGGCACCUCUACCAUGGAUAGCCUGUUAAAGAAAAUAUAUCCUUUAAUUAUGAAAUUUGAUGGGUAUCGUUCAAGCACUAAACCAUACACAGGAAAAGUGGCCUUAUCUACCUUGAAGAAUUCAUCAAGGAAUAAAGUUAUAGAGAUAGGUGGAAAGAAGUACCAUAUAAAAGGCUGCGCUGGACAGGGUGGUUUUGCCCAAGUAUAUAAGGCUAAUGUCGACAGUGACCCUGACAAUGUUGUUGCACUAAAGAUACAAAAACCAGCUUUCCCUUGGGAAUUUUACAUUUAUCGUCAGCUUGAUAAGCGCAUCUUAGAUAGAGAGAGGUCAAGUUAUGGUUUCGCUCACCGAAUUCAUAUCUAUUCUGACUGUAGUAUACUCAUCUGUGACUAUUUAGCUAAUGGGACAUUACAGGAUGUGAUAAACUCAUAUGUGGUCUUAGGAAAAUCCAUGGAAGAAGUGUUAUGCAUUUACUACACAAUAGAAAUGUUACACAUGGUUGAAACUCUGCAUGGUGUUGGCUUGAUUCAUGGUGAUUUCAAGCCUGAUAAUUUGCUAAUUCGCUAUGCUAGGGGUGACCUUACAGAAGAUGGGUUCUUCAGCCGAAUUGGUCCUUGGUGUGAUCAGGGUCUUUGCCUUGUUGACUGGGGAAGAGGGAUUGAUCUGCAUCUCUUUCCAGAUCACAUACUAUUUAAGGGAGAUUGCAGAACUUCUGGUUUUCGCUGCAUUGAGAUGCUAGAGGAUAAACCGUGGAAAUUUCAGGUAGAUGCAUAUGGCCUUUGUGCUAUUGUUCAUAUGAUGUUGCAUAGUUCCUAUAUGGAAGUCGUCAAAAAAGAACAAUCUGAUGGGAGCUACAUGUAUCUUCCCAAACUACCCUUUAAACGUUACUGGAACAUUGAGCUCUGGAAGACUUUCUUCACUAAGAUGCUAAACCAAUACCCCCAUGAUGAUGAUAGGAGUUUGCUGCAGGACUUGAAGAAGUCCUUCCAAGACUACAUGAGCUCCAAUCCGCAGCUUAUAAAGAAACUAAAGGAGUUACUCUCAAAGCAAAGGGCUUCCUUGUGCUCUGCUUAAUGUUUUAAGAUCACAACACCUCCUAUUAUGUUGUUGUUAUGAAGGUAGAAAAGUAAACAAAUGCACAGUGCAAGCAAUCACGGACAGAUUAGAAGGUAAACUUCCUUUGGUGUUUUGUCUAGUUUUCUAGCACACGCCCUUUAAUUAGGGAAAAGCCCCAAGUUUUUGGUGAGUUAAGAUCAUAAUGCAGUUCAAUUAAAUCUAGGGUGGAGUGGCUACACUCUUACAUAUCCACUAUAGAGACAAGCUCUGUGUGUCUUCUGUAGUUUGAGUAAGGUCAGAAAUUUGACCUUUUAAGUAAUGGUGUACAUAAAUAUGCAAAUGUAGAGUGUCAGUAAGCAGGUACGACAGUUGUAUAUGCCGUUAUGAUAUUUUUUGUCUAGGGCAUGUAUCAUGUUCAAAGCAGCUAUAAAGUUGAGUUUUUUUUAAUCUCUAUAUUUGGUUGAGUUCUA